ACACCUUCAUCCUUAUAUCAAUUUACCAUCAUGGUGCUUGAACCAAGCCGUCCAUAACCCAACAGUAUACCUACACGGGAACCCUGUAAGCCCAGAAUUCAACUUUAUAGGCCCAUAUCAUUUACAUGAUAUACCGGUUUCCUCAUUCUACGCGGCCCAUUACAGAAACCCUGGCUCUAACCCCUCCGCCAUUAUCUCACACCUAUCUUCUGCGCCGCCCAUAAGCCAUUAGCUCUAAACAAUGACGACGCAUUUGAAGAAAAACAGGAAGAAGAGAGGCCAUGUUAGCGCCGGCCAUGGCCGUAUCGGGAAGCACCGGAAGCAUCCGUCGGGUCGCGGUAACGCCGGAGGAAUGCACCACCAUCGGAUCCUCUUCGACAAGUACCAUCCGGGAUACUUCGGAAAGGUCGGUAUGAGGUAUUUCCAUAAGCUGCGAAACAAGUUCUACUGCCCUACUCUCAACAUCGAUAAGCUCUGGUCACUCGUCCCCGAGGAAGUCAGAUCCAAAGCUUCCAAGGACAAAGUUCCGAUGAUUGACGUCACGCAAUUCGGAUACUUUAAACUCCUGGGCAAGGGCGUGCUCCCGAGCAACCAGCCUGUGGUGGUGAAAGCCAAGCUUGUUUCGAAGAUCGCGGAGAAGAAGAUCAAGGAGGCAGGUGGGGCUGUUGUUCUUACAGCGUAGAUUCGUUUCAAUUGAUUUGAGUUUUUAUUAUUAUGUUGUUUUAAUUGUUACACAAGCUUAUGGAACAGAUUUUCUACAAUUUACCCAUGCUUUGGAGUUUAAUCUGCAAUAUUAUCACAAACACAUGCUUAUCUUUGAUUUCUGGAAUGUUUUUUCAUUUUGUUUCCUCGGAUCAUUAUCAUGCCAGUAACAGAUUACGAUUCGAAUUUGAGAAUUGGUCUGUACGUUUUUUGAACUGGCCAGUCUUUAGCGCUUACGAAAUUUGUAGCCCAUUAAUGUAUUAGGCAUCCAUGCUUGCUCAUCUGUUGUGGGAAGUUUCAAAAAUAGAAAAAAGAUAUUCUGGGAAAUAAGAGCCAAAGUUUUUGAGAAGGAGAUGAGCACAAUUGUUCAUGACAUCUUCUGAAUUUGUAAAAAUUCAUCUGAGAAGAAUUUUAUCGUUACUUCUUUAGUCUUUAUCA